AUGGCUUCUAAGAAGUUGGGUGCAGAUUUUCAUGGGACUUUCAGUUACCUUGAUGAUGUCCCAUUUAAGAUAGGAGACAAAUUCAAAACACCAGCUAAAGUUGGUCUUCCUAUUGGCUUCUCCUUGCCUGAUUGUUUGCAGGUUGUCAGAGAAGUACAGUAUGACUUCUCCUUGGAAAAGAAAACCAUUGAGUGGGCUGAAGAUAUUAAGAAGAUCCAAGAAGCCCAGUGGGAAGCAGAGCGCAAGGCUGAGGAAGCAGAAGCUAAAGUGAAUUCUCAGAGUGGCCCAGAGGGUGACAGCAAAAUGAGCUUCUCCAAGACCCACAGCGCAGCCACCAUGCCGCCUCCUAUCAACCCCAUCCUCGCCAGCUUACAGCACAACAGCAUCCUCACCCCGACUCGGGUCAGCAGCAGUGUCAUGAAGCAGAAGGUUCUCAGCCCGCCCCACACAAAGGCAGACUUCAAUCCUGCUGACUUUGAGUGUGAAGAAGACCCAUUUGAUAAUCUGGAGUUAAAAACUAUUGAUGAGAAGGAGGAGCUGAGAAACAUUCUGGUGGGAACCAGUGGACCCAUUAUGGCCCAGUUAUUGGACAGUAACUUGCCUCGAGGCGGCUCUGGGUCUGUGUUACAGGAGGAGGAGGUCCUGGCCUCUCUGGAGCGGGCCACCCUAGAUUUCAAGCCUCUUCACAAACCCAAUGGCUUUGUAACCUUACCACAGCUGGGUAGCUGUGAAAAGAUGUCGCUGUCUUCCAAAGUGUCCCUCCCCCCCAUUCCUGCAGUAAGCAAUAUCAAGUCCUUGUCCUUCCCCAAACUUGACUCUGAUGACAGCAGUCAGAAGACACCCAAGAUGGCAAGCACUUUCCAUAGCACAUCCUGCCUCCGCAGUGGCACGUUCCGGAAUUCCCUAAAGCCUUCCACCCAAAGCAGUGCCAGUGAGCUCAAUGGGCAUCCUACCCUUGGGCUUUCAGCUUUGAACUUGGACAGUGGCACAGAGGUGCCAACCCUGACCCCUCCCCAGACGCCUUCCCUGUCUGUCUUGUCUGUGUGCACAGAAGAAUCAGCACCUCCAAAUACGCGUCCCACGGUCACACCUCCUAAUUUCUCAGUGUCACAAGUGCCCAACACUCCCAGCUGUCCCCAGGCUUACUCUGAACUGCAGGCGCUGUCCCCCAGUGAGCGGCACUGUGUGGAGACAGUGGUCAACAUGGGCUACUCAUAUGAGUGUGUCUUGAGAGCCAUGAAGAAGAAAGGAGAGAAUAUUGAGCAGAUUCUCGACUAUCUCUUUGCACAUGGACAGCUCUGUGAGAAGGGCUUCGACCCUCUUUUGGUGGAAGAGGCUCUGGAGAUGCAGCAGUGUUCAGAGGAAAAGAUGAUGGAGUUUCUUCAGCUGAUGAGCAAAUUUAAGGAAAUGGGCUUUGAACUGAAAGAUAUUAAGGAAGUUCUGCUAUUACACAACAACGACCAGGACAAUGCUCUGGAAGACCUCAUGGCGCGGGCGGGAGCCAGCUGA